CAUAAAGUAUUAAAAUAUCCCGUAAUUGUCCGUUUUGAAUUAUGUAUUUUAUUUAUUUUCAGUAAGAAACUGUACUAUAAAUUAUGUUUAUCUCAACUACCUUUUGAUGUGUAACGUUUUAUUGUGGAAGUAAGUGGAAGUAGAGAAGGAAUGAGCUACUCAGUUGGUCCUACUCAGCCGUCAACCGUUCGACCUGGUUGCCUUAGUCUUAAACAGUACGUGAAAUUAUUUUGCCCGUUACCGAUGUUUCAUGUUAAACAUCAUUGGCGACUAUUGCAUAAUUUAUAUUUUUUUUAUUAAAACUGCCUAAUCCAACCUAAAUUGUAUCAGUUUAUUCUAUUAGGUAGUUCAUUAAAAUGUUAUCUAAAAAUAUGUUAGAAUUUUUAAGUAGAACGCUACCUAUUAUAUGUUAACCUGUUAACUGCAGCUCUAUAGAUGAUAAUUGCUUAUCAGCUGUCAUUUUUAUGUCAAUCGAGAACCUCGUUCAUGGCGUAAAAGGUAUUUUGAAAAAUGUGAGAAAUCAUUUAGUGCAAACUAGUGAGUAUGGAAAAAGAAGUAGAUGCAAAUUGUUUAGAAGAUCGUGAAGAAGGAGAAAUUGUUGAAGAUGAAUUCGAAGAUGUGUCGGACUGCUCGAUGUCUAUAUCACCCAUUGACUCACCUUUACCCCCUGGUAAGUUACUUGCUCCUCCAGAGUUCUUACCUGCAGUUUCUUUAAGCAGUGUUAGUGAUGAUGAAGUUCGCCUUAUCCCUGUUUAUAAUCGGUGUGCAACGAAAAGAAGGCGUCAUAGCAAAAGCCCCCAUUGUAAUCAUAAGCGAAAAAGGCAAACUCGAUCUCAUUCGAGAAGGUCGAAAGCUUAUGUUGAUUAUCACUCUGACCGUGAAGAUGAAAGGCUAGAAAGAAAACGAAUUUUGUUAAAUAAAGCGUUAAGAAGGGAAAGUCAAGAGGAACUUUUACACAAUAGUUUACGUACUCGUUUAAAAACUAUGUUGUAUGAAAAUAUUGAACAGCCUUCAAGUGAUGAAGACUUAGAGGCACUGCGAGAAAUUGCCCUUUUAUCAAGAAACACAGAAGCUGCAGACAGAAAAUUAACAAGAAACAACUUAGAAAAUGAGAUAAGAAAUGACCUUAAUUCAGUGAUAGAAAAAGAUUUUAAAAGUGAUUCUGACUCAGUAAUUAUUAUAAAUGAAGCAGACGAUUCUGAAAGCAACAGUGAGAAUAGAGAUAGUGCACAUAAUUCAGAUGCUGCUGAAGAUAGUGAACUGAUUAAUUUAAGAUUAGAGGCUUUAAAAUCUGCAGUUAUUAAAAAAAGUCGAGAAAGAAAGAAAAGAAAAGUAAUAGAACAUGAAAAGAAAAUUUCAAGUCAAGAAACGCUUGCUGUUCCAGAUGAUGUAGCAGAAUUUGAUGAAAUUGAUAAGGAAAAUAGUUUUAAUUCCAAAGAUUCAUCUACAAAACCAAGAAAAUGUAGUGAAUCUGAAAAGGUACUUAAUGAGUCAAAUCCAAUUGUUACUUGUCCCACAAAAGAAUCUACCAGUUUUUCAAAAAACGAGUUAAUUGAAAAUUAUGAAGAAAAUAGAGUAAAAGUAGAUAUUGAUGUAAAAAAAGUGGAAAUUAAUUCUCAAAAUUCUAUCACAGAAAAUUUCAAAGAUAAAUCACAUGAAAAAAAUGUAUUAGAAGAAGAUGCAGAUAUACUGAGGGCUAUGCUUCUGGCUUCUAUGUCAAGGAAGAUUACAAGUAAAAAUACAAAUGUGAUAUCUAAGGGAGAAACAACUGUUCCUUCUCAGAUGCUUUCUUCACAAAUUUUUCCAUCACAGGAAGUUGAACACACUGUUAAACAGCAGUCAUUAAGUAAAAUCAAUACUAGAAUUGCAAUAAAAACAGUUAGUAGUAAACCACUGAGCAAGAAUGAUUUAAAUUCAGUAAAUAAACCUGUAAAAGUAAUUCCCACUAAAAAGAUACAGUAUAGAGGGAAAUCUCACAAAUGGGAAAAAAAAUCCAGUAAUAUUGAAGUUAAACCCAUAAUUAUUAAGGUAAAUGGUUCAGAUUCUGAUGAUGAUGAGUUUGAAAGUCAAGCAACAAAUAAUAAUUUGAAAGAAACUGUUGAAAUGUUUCUUAAAAAGCAAAGAGCUGAGGUAGAGGCUAAAAUUACAACAACAACUGAUAGUAAAAAGGUAGACUUAGAGAAUAAAGACAAAAAUGUGAUAAACAAGCCAAAUGCAUCAGAACAAGUUUCAAAGGCUGCAACAAGAAAUGGAAAAUUAAACCCUUUGAUUAAUAGUAAUAUAUUUUUAAAGAAGAAUGAUAACAGAGAAACUAUAGAUAAAUCUCUAAAUAAGCUUCUGUUGAACAGAUCAGCUUUAAAACUUCUGCCUAAAUCUCAACAAAUUGAAUAUCAGAAACUUAAGCAACAGUUAUUGAAUGCUAAAAGAAAAAUUAAAAUAAAAAAAGCAGUGAAAAUGCAGCCUUUUAAACAAAAUGAUCCAAAACUAGGCUUUGCAAAUGUCACACAAAUAUCGAAACCACUUCCAUUAAAUUUAAAAUUCAAUAAUUACCAAAAAUAUUCAAAAACAAAGCUGGCUCCCAAACAAUCUGUCAUCACUGAAGAAAAGGCGUUGGAAGCCGUCACUAAUUUGAAGAAAAUACUUGACGAUAUACAAGUGCAGCAAAAUGGGAGGUGAGUAUUUUAUAUUCAAUUUUCUUUUUAUGAAAAUUAGGGAAGUACAGAUAUUUUCAAGCCUUCUUUAAUGAAGUUAAAUUAAAUUCUAAAUAUGCAUUAAUCCAUUGCCGUAAAGUGGGCUGCACAAGUUGCUGUAAGAUUUUCCGUAGGUUACAGAUGAAAGGUAAGUACCAAUUAUUGGUACCACUGCUGCGAAAAAUUAACCAGGCAA